AUGAAUGGGAAUACUCAGGAGUUUUCCCAUGCAGACUACACCGUUGGGUGGAUAUGCGCCUUGCCGCAGACUGAGUUGGUAGCCGCUGGCGCCAUGUUGGAUGAUGAACACCCCGUUCUUCACGCAGCCGAUCCAAAUGAUAUCAACUCUUACCUCUUAGGUAGAGUCGGGGAUCAUAAUGUGGUGAUUGCUUGUUUGCCUGUAGAGCAAACAGGAAAGGUUCCCGCUGCUACUGUGGCAAAAGACAUGAAUGAUGUCGAUGUCGAUGAAUCCGAUGACUCUGAAGACGAGGAUCCGGACGAAAUCCAAGACAUCAGAUUGGGGGAUGUGGUGAUCAGCAAACAUUCAAAGUCUUCGGAAGCCGUCAUUCAGUAUGACUUUGGAAGGUCUAUACAGAACCAAGAGUUCAUCCGUGCUGGAGGGCAGCUGAACAAGCCCCCGGGAAUUGUCUUGAAUGCAGUCUCUAUGCUGCAAGGCCAGCAUGAACGGAAAGGCCACAAGAUUUGCGAGCUACUUUCCAAAAUGCUUGUAGACAAUCCCCGGAUGGAAAAGAAAUUCAAGCACCCGGGAUCAGCCAAAGAUCAGUUAUUCAAGUCUGAAAUUGCUCAUGUGGCGGGAAAGAAGUGCGAGUCGUGCUGCGGCCCUGGUGAUAUGAAUCUUGUGAAGAGAAAGCAGCGGUCAAGUGAUGAGCCUCAAAUACAUUACGGGACGAUUGGAUCUGCAGAUCAAGUGAUGAAGGAUGCUCUCUUGAGGGACAAAUGGUCCCAAAGGGACAAGAUCAAAUGCUUCGAAAUGGAAGCUGCAGGGCUCAUGGAUACAUUCCCAUGCCUUGUAAUCAGAGGCAUCUGUGACUAUGCAGAUUCACACAAGAACAAGAUUUGGCAGCCAUAUGCCGCUACUGUUGCCGCUGCCUACGCAAAGGAGCUUUUGCUCGGAAUUCCAGGACAGGGUGUUCUCCUCUUGCCUCCCGUUGACAAAUUGAUGACAAAGGUUCUACGACAACUUGAACAACUGGAGUUAUGGCAAAAGUCGGACAAAGAAACGGAAUGUCUUCAAGCUUUUCGCACUACGAACUAUGAAUACCAGAAAGAUUUCAAUCCAGACAAGGAAGAUGGAACAUGCAACUGGUGCCUUCAAAGUCCGAUUUUCCAGAAUUGGCAAGAAAAUGACUCGUCUUGUCUGUUAUGGAUCACAGCAGAUCCAGGCUGUGGCAAAUCUGUUCUUUCCAAGGAUCUUGUUGACAACCGCCUGUUUGGCCUCGAGUCUAGCGACACGACCAUCUGCUAUUUCUUUUUCAAGGACACAUCACCCGAAACUCGGAGACCUGCCAAUGCAGUCGCGGCCUUGUUACAUCAGGUCCUGAAAUCUAAAUGUGGCCGGAAAGCCAUGAGGCAUGCGCUCCCGGCAUACCUUGAAAAUGCAAAUAAAGUAUGCCAGAGUCUCGAUACCAUGUGGAAGAUCUUAAGAGAUAUAUCCCAAGAUCCAGAAUGUGGACGAAUCAUCUUUGUCUUGGAUGCAUUAGAUGAGUGCGAAAUGAAAGACCAGAAGGAUCUUAUCAAGCGGCUUAAAGGUCUUGAACGCUACAAGGAAUCUCGGCCUUCGACACACCAUCUUAAGAUCCUUGUGACCAGUCGUCCAUAUUUGAACAUCGAAAAUGAGUUCAGAGAACUCAUCGAGGACAUUCCUGGAAUUCGGUUGCCAAGUGAAAAACUUUCUACGCAACUUCAAUCCGAAAUGAAUCAUGUUGUGCAUGCUCGAAUGUCCAAAUUAGGCCCCCGGAUUGUGAGAGAAACCACAAGAGAAGAACUUCUUAGUGGGAUACUGGCGACUGAGAAUCGGACAUACCUCUGGCUGGAUCUGAUAUUCAAAAUCAUUGAAGAGAUGCCACGAAUAGACAGACAAGCAGUCAAGAGACUGUUGGAAAACCUACCAACGACUGUGGAUGACGUCUAUAAUUCCAUUCUUCGCAAAGUUACAGACCAAGCUCAGGCCAAGAAACUGCUUCAAAUCAUCGUGGCAGCGACCAGACCACUUAGCCUCAAUGAAGUCGGUGUUGCAUUGGCUAUCACAGAGGAAACCCAGUGCUACGAAGAUCUAGAGCUCCAAAGGGGUGAUCAGCUUGAGAUAGCCGUCCGGAAUACUUGUGGACUUUUUGUCCAUAUAGUAGAUGAGACGGUCUUUCUAAUCCACCAAUCUGCUAAAGACUUCUUGGUAUCCUUAUCAGAUGAAGUGUCACCCAUUGAGUCCAGCUGGAAGUAUUCUAUUUCAGUUUCCGAAUCGGCCUUACUACUCACUUCGAUCUGCAUCCGCUUUUUAUAUCUUAAAGAGCUCGGAAAGAAGCAAGCUCCCCCGAUUAGAGAUGCUGAGGAUUUGUGUUCCAGUUAUGAUUUUCUUGACUACUCAGCAAAUAAUUGGGCAGCUCAUUUUGGUCAUAUGACGAUUCAAUAUCGCCAUGAGUUUUUCCCUGCAGCUAUCGAACUCUGUUCCGUCGAAAAAGACCAAUAUAUGGACUGGGAGAUUGCUGUUAACGAAAUCGGACGCUCUGUGAACCCUUCCCCUCUUCAUGUUGCAUCAUACCUAGGGCUUGACAUGAUUGUCCAAACACUACUUGCUCGCCCUGAUGUUGAUGUCAACUCUACUACUAGUUAUGCUGGAACCCCUCUAUCUCUCGCUAUAUAUAGAGCCCACGAGGGCAUUGUGGAGCUCCUUCUUACUACUCCUGAUAUUGAUCCUAAUCUCUAUGAUAGUUUUGGCGAUACGCCUCUAUCUCUCGCUAUACGCGAAGGCCACGAGGGCAUUGUGAAGCUCCUUCUUGCUACUCCUGGUAUUGAUCUUAACCUCUAUGAUAGCGGUGGCGAUGCACCUCUAUCUCUCGCUGUACGCAAAGACUACGAGGGCAUUGUGAAGCUCCUUCUUGCUACUCCUGAUAUUGAUCCUAAUAUCGGUGAUAGCUCUGGUUACCUACCUCUCUCUAUCGCUUCAUGGCGAGGUCAAGAGGGAAUUGUAAAGCUCCUUCUUGAUGCUCCUGAUAUUGAUCCCAAUCUCGGUGACAGCGAUGGCGAUACACCUCUAUAUCUCGCUAUGCGCAAAGAUCACGAGGGAAUUGUGAAGCUCCUUCUUGCUACUCCUGGUAUUUAUCCCAAUCUCCGUGAUAGCUCCGGCAAUAUACCCCUAUCUCUCGCCAUACGCAAAGGCUACGAGGGCAUUGUGAAGCUCCUUCUUGCUACUCCUGAUAUUGAUCCUAAUAUCGGUGAUAGCUCUGGCUAUCUACCUCUCUCUCUCGCUUCAUGGCGAGGUCACGAGGGUAUUGUGAAGCUCCUUCUUGAUGCUCCUGAUAUUGAUCCAAAUCUCGGUGAUAGCAUUGGCGAUACACCUCUAUCUCUCGCUAUAAGUAAAGACCACGAGGGCAUUGUGAAGCUCCUUCUUGAUUCUCCUAAUAUUGAUCCCAAUCUCGGUGCUAGAUUUGGCGAUGGCGAUGCACCUCUCUCUAUCGCUAUAUGGCUAGGUCACGAAGGCAUUGUGAAGCUUCUUCUUGAAGCUCCUGAUAUUGAUCCCAAUCUCGGUAAUAGCGAUGGCGAUACACCUCUAUCUCUUGCUAUAGAUGAAGGCCAUGAGGGCAUUUUGAAGCUCCUUCUUGCUGCUCCUGGUAUUGAUCUCAGCUUGAUCGAGGAGAUGGAUCGCUAG